UAAAGAUCGAUCGAUUACGAUGGUUCUAAUUUGACUUUACAUACGUGUGGUGUAUUAAUAAUUGAUCCUCCAAGUAAAAACGAUGACAUUAUGGCUUUAGCCACGAACUUUACCAUGCUGCCACAUCAUAUAGCCUUUAGGCCGCGUUUAAUCACACCUACCGAUUCGAUAAGUGACCAUAACGAUCAUGAGAACAGUUGCUCCAGUGAGGACACAGUGCUUUCGGUUGGUAAUGAGAAUCCAACCGCUACGGUUACCUCCACCGGUGAUGAAGCUGGUGAAACUUCCACUUUGAGUUUUAAAAAUAUCGAAAACCACCUGAACGCGUUAUCUAAGAUGACUCACAGUACUCCGUUGGAGUUUCCAUCCUCCUCUUCAUCACCUCCUCCUCCGCCACCGGUGAAUUUUCUGUUUAAGAGUGAACAUUUGGGUAGUUUUGGGUUUCGCAGUAGUGAUCCGGUGCAGUUUAGGACAGGGGAGAGUAACUCCAGUUUGUGUUCGCCGAGGUCGGUGAGGAGUGAUGGAGGAGAGAGUCCUGGCAGCCCUGGAUCAAGAUACCAGGCGCGCAGCCCCUUCUACACUACAGCCUCCACACACUCGUCCCACACUUCCACCACUCACCCUCCGAGCCCGCAUAACACCGACCCGUGUAACUCCAACGAGUCCUCCGCCUCUUUAAACCAAGGCAGUCUUAAGUUCUCUAUUGAUAACAUCCUCAAAGCGGAUUUCGGAAGAAGUAAAAUCUUAGAUCCUAUAACAAUUAGAAAAAGUAAACCGCCUCCCUGCAGACGCACCUCCACAGGGAGUUUUGCAGGCGAAAGACGAAUACAAGAAAAGGUCCAGAGGGUGGGUGAAGGCGCCGAAAAAGGACCGGUGGAUUUAAGUCCCAAAGGCGACGGUGGUGGAAGCGACGGAAAAGAAGAGAAGAAGGACGGACAGCAGAUUUUAUGGCCUGCGUGGGUUUAUUGCACGAGGUAUUCGGAUCGUCCCAGUUCAGGUCCCAGAACGAGACGAAUAAAAAAACCCGGAACGAAAGCGGCAGUACCAGAAGAAAAGCGACCGAGAACCGCCUUUUCUGGAGCACAAUUGGCUCGCCUAAAACACGAAUUUGCGGAAAACAAGUAUCUUACUGAGCAUAGGAGACAAGAACUGAGCGCGGAACUUGGCCUCAACGAAGCCCAGAUAAAAAUUUGGUUUCAAAACAAACGAGCAAAAAUUAAAAAGGCAUCGGGACAGAAGAACCCCUUGGCUCUUCAGCUGAUGGCCCAAGGGUUGUACAAUCACAGCACCAUACCGUUAACGAAAGAAGAGGAGGAGUUAGAAAAGUUACAGGGAGGAUCGGGAUCUAAAUUGUCGUAG